AUGAGACUAAUUCGUCGCCAAUAUCUCGGCCUCGUCCCCGUUGUGACUCUAUUCUUCAUAUUCGGCACGAUUUAUUCAACGCAUCGCUGGGUAAGCAUCCAACAACUCAACAAGGAUCGAUGGUCGCAAAGACCAGGCGACCAAGAAACGCAACAAUUCCACGAUGGACAAAACUACAACGAUCCUAACUGUGCCGUGUUUCCACGCAACCGCCUCCGAGAUAUCCAGAUCGUUCUAAGGAUCGGCUCAACGCAGCCCUUUGAUCAGAUCUCGUCGCAUAUAAAUAAUAUCACGAAUUGCAUAUCGAAUUUGAUCGUCGUUUCCGAUCGAGUCGAAGAGAUUGGCAAUGGGUUUUGGUCACACGACAUCAUCGCCGAUUUACCAAAAGUAUACUGGGAAGGAAUAGACAAGGACAGCCUGGACGGAACCGAUCAAACAGCAGGCCUAAAGGCAUAUGAAAAUAUAAACAAGGGCGAUAGUUCGUGGAAACAGGGGAAACAUGCAAGUGACCGGUUGACUCAUAGACAAGGGUGGUUAUUGGAUCGAUUCAAAUUUCUGCCUAUGGUCGAAUAUGCAUACAACGUGAAUCCACAGGCAAAGUGGUUUUAUUUCAUUGAAGCCGAUACAUAUGUUGUAUGGGACACGCUGUUCCGUCUUCUCGAUCGGUACGAUUUCCAGCAGGAAUGGUAUAUGGGCUCUCCAUCACCAGGUCGCGAAUUGGACGGCGAGAAAACAUGGUUUGCCUAUGGAGGCAACGGUUUCAUACUCAGUCGAACAGCAAUUCAGCGACUUGUAAGCAAGAAUCUGGUGAAAUUUGAUGAAUCAACCAACACCAAUCGCACUGAAUUGUCUCUUACAGAGAGAUGGGCGGAUCUCGUCAGGAGUGACUGCUGCGGAGAUUCGGUUUUGGGCUUCGCAUUGGCGGAUAAAGGCAUAUUUUUGUCUGGAUUGUAUCCAAUAUUCAAUCCUCAUCCAUUACAUGGAAUUCCGUUUGGUCCUAGCGGGAAGCCGUACUGGUGUCAACCAGUACUCAGUCUACACAAGACAUGGCCUCGUGAGGUGCCUGGAUUAACGGACUUUGUCAAGGAUCACACUAGCAAGCGACCUUUGAUAUAUGCCGACCUAUUCGACUACCUCAAUCUACAAGAGGUGAAACAGCGCGAUGACUGGCAAAACUCAGACUGGAACAGCUUUGAAGAAGCACCUGAAUCACCCGUCCAUGAAACCAUCGAAGCAUGUGCCGAAGGAUGCCAUGCUCACGGUGAAUGUUUCCAAUGGACUUACUGGGUAGAGGCGUCCUGGAAAUGGAAAACCGUACCAAAGAAGAAAUGCACAUUUGUACGCUCAAUACGGUUGGGAACCCACAAGGACCGCGAGGAAUCGUGGACCACGACCGCUGUUUGGACCAGCGGAUGGGAUGUAGAAAAGAUCUCGAAAUGGACAAAAGAGAACCCAUGUGGCAAACCGGAAUGGGUAGAACCGAGUUUACAGAGGAUUUAUUAG